AUGGAUGUGACCGGUCACAAGUCAAACACCUCUUCCGUCGAAGCUCGUAUUCACUUCCCCUCGCGCGAGUGCAUGGGUGAGCGCAGAGGAGGGCAGACGCACCUCGAAUGGGGCAACUCGUCAUCGAGCUGCCAUCAGGCCACCGCCCGUGGCUCCCGGGGGCCGACCGGUGCCAUGGCGACCCCCGCGAGGCACGUCGUCCACGUCAGCCCCCUCUCCGUCCGAGCCGUGGUGAGAGCUGAUGGAGCGGCCCGUGAAUGUCACCCCAUCGACAGCUCUGGCGCGCCGUGCAUCCGUGUGUCGCAUUGCAUGUGGCCUGAUCGUGCGAGGAUACGGGUCGCGAGAGGGGGAGGUUGUCCGCCGUCGAUUUUCGUCCGAGCCAGGGCAGCUCGACGGUUGACGGUUGGGCAUCCCAAGGUUGCCGAGCGAUGGUGA